AUGGCAGAGAUUAAUGAAGAACCCACAGUCUGUACACGCUGGAGGAAGAGAGCCAUUUUAGCGGGUUUUGUUUCUGGAUUUUUUCCGGUUUUGGCGGGUACUUUUUUACUAUCGGCGUUUUUUAUUUUAUCAGCUGGAAACAGAUCUUGUCAACCACGUAACUCGCUUCAAUGUCGCAGAUCGUCAAACUCAUUUGCAGUAGAGAUUUGCGGAGUUGUCUCCGUUGUUCUUAUUAUUUCAGGAGUGUCUAUAACAGUAGGAUGUUACAAAACAAUGCCAAGAAGUUUUCCUACCCCAACUGCUGUCUCCGUGAUUCCCACCGAAGACUUGGAAAAAUCACCCGCUCCAAUACUUCCGUAUAAUCAUAUUCCUCUGCGUCUGGCAACCGCUAUUUAUAAUGGUGACGCAGCGGCGUGUUCGACAGACUUGCCAGAUUACUUUACCGCGGUUUUAAAUAUCAAGGAUGUUUCACGGCAAUCAAAUGAAGGAUUUUGGACAGAGGAUAUUGAUGCGGAUGAUGAAAGUCCACCACCGUGUUACGAACAGGCUCUUAAAAUGCCAGGGUUAUCCAAAUACGAUUUCGAAGCACGCAGCAGUGAGGAUAGAAGACUAUAA